AUGUCAUCUGUGAGAGCUAUGGCUUCUGAUGGCCCCGGUGAUGCCGAUCGUCGCACAGAUUGUGGCCGUCGGGAGCCCUCCCCUUCACCCACCCCGUGCCCCCAAGCGGUCAAUGACGUGAGUGCUGCCUGUUCCGUCCCUUCGGUUUGCCCGCUUGCGCUUUCGCGGGCAACCGAAGACAAUGUUUCCGCCGAUACAUGCUCGGCCGAGAAGCAAAAGUUGGUUGGCGCUCAACCCACCGUGGUCGUGGUUCCUCCUCUGUCGGCGUGUCCAAAAAAACGGGAAUGGACCGCCGACGGAGACGAUGCUCCUUACGAGGAGCCACCGAAAAAGAAGAAGAGGACCCUCAACAAGGGCAAAUCCGUUACCCUUCGUCCGGCGCUUGACGCCCAAGCCGAGCCUCUGUGGCUCCUUCAACUGCGGUUGGGGCGCCCAUCAAGGAGCCACAGAGGCUGGUCCCUUCAUGGGAGAAGGGACCCAACAUUUCCCGUGGUGACCGCCACCCCUUUGACUGGCGUCCCGCAAGCCAGUGAAUUGCAAGCUUCGACCGACCGGCUGUGCAAAGUGGCGCUUUCGGGUGUCGCUUUGGGUGGGGAGUAG